AUGAGCGAAACAAAAAAAUUUCAAGUUCCUUCUCCUAUCCCAGAGAAGCUUUAUAGGCUAAUAGACGGUUUUCGUCUGUCUAAAGCGCUAUUUGCAGCAUGUGAAUUGGAAGUCUUCGACAAACUGCGAUCCGCAUCCUCACCACAAUCGGCCGACGACAUAACAAAGGCAUUGUCCUCCGAUCUAGACGCCACUACACGUCUCAUGGACACCCUUGUGGCAAUGGAAUUGCUAGAAAAAUUCAAACAGGGUGACCAGUGGUUGUACAGUAAUUCUGAAAUGGCCACUAAAUUUCUCACCAAAGACAGUCCAGAUUCGUAUCUAGAUAUGAUCGCAUUUACAAACAAAACGCUGUAUCCUAUCUUUGGAAAUUUAGAAAGCGCAGUUCUUGAAGGAACUACGCAGUGGAAGAAGACGUUUGGAAUGUCUGCAGAAGACUGGUUUCCCAAUUUUUGUAACACCGAAGAAGCCAAAUUACGGUUCAUGGGGGCUAUGCAUUGUAAUUCACUCUAUGCAAGUUAUGCUGCUGCUAAAGCCAUUGAUCUAAGCGCGUACAGAAGCUGCUGUGAUCUAGGAGGUAAGUCAAAAAACGGAAAGUUCGAAUACAUCACACGAUAUUUUUAAACCUUUGCCUGUCAGCACUGUGAAAACAAUACUGGCUGAAGUUUAUUCCACCUCUUCUGAACGAGCAAUAUAAAGAAACCACGAUCAACAAGAAGACGCCCGAAGGCGUUUACGCGGGAUGUGUUGGUGUAAGAAAGAAUUACCAAUAUGUUGAAUGGCAAUGGCAAGUUGAGUAGUGUAUGCAACAAAUGUGUGAAAGGAGAGACGGAGAUGUUCUGUUAAGGACUAAUACACUAGAAAAUGAAUUACACACAAGGGUUCCUUUGCUACUCAAAACAAAACUUACAUCAAUAUUACCACCAUAUAUGUUAGGAGUAUGGGGUAGUUCACUAAAAUUUGCAUUCCUUUACUAAUAUCCUCAAAAAAUGCACUUCCACAUUCAACAAUAGCAUGUAAUGUAUCAUACUUUCAAUAACUACAGGGGUGCAAGGCUGUGCUCUAGGGAAAAUUUCAGGGAGCCUUUCGGGCUCCCCAAGCAUUCUUAGCUGGGAUGCCCGGGCCUCCAAGUUGGUCGCCCAAAUUAAUAAAUCAAUGAGCUGUUAGUUAAAUUGUUUUCUUAACAAGUCAAGCAGAAUUUUGUGAAUAUUUGUUUCAUGCAAAAUCACAUCCCUUUGACUGGGCUCCUGAGCGUGCGAAAAAAAAAAACCCCGCAUGUUGUCAUAUGAAAGCAAGUUUUCGCGCCAUAUUAGAAACAUGGGCAACGCCGCCGAAUAUUUCAUGUUUUUUAAAUGGAAAAGUAAGAUUCUGGUCUGUUUAUGUCUAGUUGGAGUUAUGAAAACCGGGUUAGCACACAUUUGUAAUUUUUCGCAACUUCCCCUGUCUAAUAGCUUGACAUAUGUUUACUGUGUUGGUUGGUUAUGUCGUUUUUUUUUUUGCUUGUUUUGUGGCUAGGGAUCCGUGUAGAAGUAGAUGUAGACUGAAUUACUAUCUUACCCCCCCCUCCCGAUUUUUUCCCUUACCUAUAAUUCUUUCUUUAACACAAGUGACAGUUAUUUGAAAUCAGCGCGCGCCUAAAGCUGGUUUCGGUGCCGCUUAGCAGUCACCUUGAGAAAAGUUUCCCGGAGAACAUCAUGUAAAGCUCUGAGAUGGGACAAAGUUAUUACGAUUCGCAAGUCUGACUCCUGUUCAAAAUCCGUUAAGAAAUUGUGUAAAUCGCUCCUAUUUACCAGAAAAAUGGCCACAACAGCCUUCAACAGAAAUAAGAUAGAGAUGGAGAAACGCGUUAAUUACCGUUUUUAACAUUCCCGAUGGGGAAAACAAGGCUACCUUUUUGGAGGUUACGUGUCUGCCAAGAAUUUUUCGCUGGGUUUACACAAAAAUUCUAUCCAAGCAAGAUUUUCGGAAAAUUAGUUGUAAAUGUGGUAAACAGCAAACGAUCUAUGAAAUGGAAAUUUAAAAUUCCAUAUUUCUCUCUGCUCUAGGGGCUGUGGGAACUCUCGCCUAUGCUCUCUGUCAGUUCUACCCUGAAAUGAAGAUAACAGUUUGUGACUUGGAGCCAGUCGUAACUUCAGCUCAUCACUUCCGACCAUCAGUGGAAGCUUGCCCAAAUCAAGCCAAUGUUUCAUUUGCGGUCGGCGAUUUCUUCAAACCUGAAACCAUCCCGAAGGCUGAGCUGUAUGUGUUGUCUCACGUUCUCCACGACUGGUCAGAGGAUAAAGUUGACUUGAUUCUUUCAAAUGUCUACAGGUGCUUACCCUCAGGUAAUUUUAAUAGAAAGAAGGUUUUACCGUUCUUUAAGGGAUCCAGCACGCACGUACGGAAGUACGUGCAUGAAAUUAAAUCCAAGCAGAAAAUACUAGGUUCCGCACGUAACUUACAGUUCGGAUCAAGAAAACAAGGUUUAUUAUGUCUCUCGUUUAAUUACAAACUGAGAGGGCAUCAAGGAUUACAGUUCAAACAGGAAAGCUGUAAAUGAUCGAUGUGAAUGAAAUCCUACACGCGAGCGUCAAAAAUCGUGGCUUUGUUACCGCAAAACACUUAACACACCCAUAUUAAACUCCAAACUUACAAGAAACGCCGUAACAGCUUUACAAUGUUUUUUCCCUCAUGAAUUGUAACCAAAACGAACUUUAAUUCUGAAUUCACGGUCUUUAGUCUUUAAGCGAAAUGAGCCCGCGAACUGACUGACGAAGAAGUGCUUUGGUAACAAAAGGUGUUUUAAUCUAGUAUGCAGACUACACGGUGACGGUUGACAGUGCAUAUAGAAAUGGCACAUAAGAUUAUUGUAUGACCAAUCAUCUAUCAUUUCAGGCGAUUACUUCGACAAUGUUGGAGACGUUUUAACUGCCUCAGUAACUGAGGGACUAAAAACGACUGGAAGUAAUCGUCUGAGAUUUAGGCUACUCUGGUGCCAUCAAAGGCAAACAACGCGCCAUUUUUCAUACCUCAUUUAUUUUUCUAGGUGGGGGACUCCUCAUUUGCGAACGGAUUUUAAACGAAGACAAACGUGGCCCAUUGCCUUCUCUCAUUUUCAGCCUUCUAAUGUUGGUGUCCACAGGUGGAAAAGAGAGAUCAGCUCCAGAAUUCAAGCAUCUCCUGGAAAAGCAUGGGUUUAUAGAUGUUCAAGCGAAACGUGUUUAUUUUACUCAAGAUGCCAUUUUCUGCAGAAAGAUGUAACAUGCAGCAACCAUUGCAUAAAAUUAAGUUGAACACUGCCUUACAAUUGACUUAUGGUCAUUGAAUGCCAGUGAAUCGAUUUAUAUUAUUUACAUUAGAAUUGGGUAUCCUUUCCUAGUAGGAUAGCCAUGGCAGCAGUUGCUAUGGCACCGAGCGCAAAUUAACCAUAAUAAAACUGCCCCUGGGGAGCUUUUUUGGCAGUGUUACGGACUUGUAUGGCGUUACAGCGUGAAAUGGGUCACGUGAAAAUUGACGUUUGCAAUUAUGUGACUUAAGCGUUUUUCGCUUUUUCCUGUUCUGAAAUGAAUUUCUCUCUCUGUGGUUGAUAUUUAUCGAUGUGGAACCUUAAGAUCCUUUAAAUUCCUUAAAACCAGCGACUAGGCAGCUUAAUUUUGAUUUAGGGACGGACCAUCAGACGAUUCAGUUCAUAUCACAUGACCAAAUAUGUGAAGUUGUUGUUCUAGGUUAAGUAUUAAUAUAGAUGUCACUGGCUUACAUAUAUUAACACUGGCUUUUGUGGUGGCCGGGAUAGAAGAGGGGGCAUCAGAAAAUCUUUUACCGUCAAUGUGGGGGGAUCAAACCCACACUGCAUGCUUUAAGGGGAGAUAACGUAAGUGCUCCGCUGUCGCAACAAAAAUCCUCAAGGCGAUAAAUGAUGACCGGUCCCUUAUGCGGAACGCGAACGAGCAACGACGAAAUUUUAUUUCUCUUUCUGAACUUAGAUAGGGUCCCUAGGAAUUCAAGUCCAGUUGGGUUCACCUACAUUCAGUCAAAGUCAGUGGGUAUGAAUAAAAAAGAGUACAAAUUCACUUUUUAAGCGACCUUCUCGUUGCUGUCGCGUCGUUUUAACGUGACUAAUUAUUAGAGCAUGCACUAACGCUGUUAUCAGCUCUUGGCUCCGGCACUAUACUGGACGCCAUGAAAAUCAUACCGGCUUGGGCUCCCGUUCACACAUAAGAACAGUUGUGGCGUGAUUUCUGUGACGGGGCGAAGCUGCGCCGCGCCGAUCUCUGAAGAGGAGAGUGAGAUAUCGGAUAGAUGUUCACACUAUAACUGAUAGUUUUUCGUGGCGCCACGAGAAAGCCAUCCCGGUGUAGUGUGAACAUAACCUAACGGCGCUUUUCAUAAGUCAGAACUGGCCGGCCGGACCAUGGCCAGACCAGGCAUUUUGGAAAUGAAAUAGACGUUUUCCAAGAGGAUUUGCUGACAAAACCAUCUCGUUUGAGCAUAAUGUGUAGGAUUUGACUGCUGUUUAUGGUUACUAUUGAUUAAAAGUGAAAUUCUCAUUACGAUGAGAAUGGGCUGGCCAGUCAGUUCUGACAAAUGGAAAGCGCCCUGGGUUGACUGGGAGACUCGCAAGCUUACCCUCUUUCCCAUUAGACAACGUUUCUCUCUAAACGGGGCCUUACAAAGGGCGCCCGCGGGGUGUUCGGAAAUUAUUGCGUCAUUGUAGCGGGAAAACUCGUCACGUGAACAGAAAACUGAACUUUGUACAAGAGUCUAGGAACGGUGUAGUCAUUCGGAGUGGUGGAGCUGAUCGAGUGUGUAGAUUGAGUGUUUCUUUAAGUGUAAAACAGAGUACAGAAUUCUAAAAUAUGAACAUGUGAAGAAAUAUACUUUCAAGGUAGUGACGAAUUAAAGCAAAAUGGAACUGGCUGUUUCUCACAUGAUUCGUGACACGGGGUAUUACACGACAGCAUAUCAAGCUGAUCACGCAAUAGCUAAUCGGUAUGCUGAGCCGGUUAGAAUCCAAUCCAUCAGGAAAUUGAGUAAUUUUAAUUUUCAGUGGACAAAAACCUUGUACCAGAAUAAUUUAAACAAUAUUGCAUUCUUUUUGACAUUUUUCAAGGGCUAUAGAUGUAAUUAGUUAUCUGUAAUAACACCAAAGAAAAUUUCUUCUGGAAGCCCGAGAAAACGUAUGUCAAAUUGCACAAAAUGACAUCUUACACAUGAAAUUUUCAGCGUUUUACCUAUGUUUUCACAAUUCUUGUGAAAUUUGACAUUUAUUUUCUCGGGUUCCCUUGAGAAAUAGUCUUUGGUGUUAUUACAGAUAAUAAAUUACUCUCUUUUUUUUCUAUAAGAAUAUAUAUUAUAAGAAUAUCGAGGCUGAAAUUUGCGAAAUCUUAAGAAUACUUUAAGAAUAAACUCCAGGCUGAGAUUUUGAAAAGAAUAUAAUUUCGUGUGGUGAAAAUCUGUAAAUACAAUACAAAUAUACGUUUUCAAUUUAUUCCUUUCUUUAAAAGGCAAAACUAGCUAACUAUAUUUAACAAAACUAUAAUUGAUACCUUAAUAUACUCUAAAACGGAAAUGUCAUAAGCUAUUAUUAAGAAUAAUACAAGAAUAUUUAAAGCCUAAAAUCGGCGGAAAAAUAAGAAUAUUCAGCCUGGCCCGGGAAAACAACAUUCUUAUAAAAAAAAAAGAGUGUAUAUCUAUGUAAAAAGAAUGCGGUAUUGUGUAAAUUAUUCUGGUACAAGGUUUUUGUCCACCGAAAGUUGAAAUUACACAAUUUCUUGAUGACUUCCGUGUUAAUUUAUUCGUCCCCAUUUUAAGAAUUAAAUGACGUUGAGGGCAGAAGCUUUUUUACUAGCGUCAAUUAGGUGGCCCGCAUUUCACUGCUCGCAGUGUAUCACACAUAGAGUUCGAGAUAACAGCUCGCGUAUUUCUAAAAAAAAAAAAGACAAAAUGACCGAAACAAAAAAAUUUCAAGUUCCUUCUCCUAUGCCAGAGAAGCUUCAUAGGCUAAUAGACGGUUUUCGUCUGUCUAAAGCGCUAUUUGCAGCGUGUGAAUUGAGUAUCUUCGACAAACUGCGCACCGCAUCCGUACCACAAUCGGCCGACGAAAUAACAAGGGCAUUGUCCUCCGAUCUGGACGCCACUACACGUCUCAUGGACACCCUUGUGGCAAUGGAAUUGCUAGAAAAAUUCAAACAGGGUGACCAGUGGUUGUACAGUAAUUCUGAAAUGGCCACUAAAUUUCUCACCAAAGACAGUCCAGAUUCGCAUCUGGAUAUGAUCGCAUUAAUAAACAAAAUGAUGUAUCCUAUCUUUGGAAAUUUAGAAACCGCCGUUCGCGAGGGAACUACACAGUGGAAGAGGACGUUUGGAAUGUCUACAGAGGAAAGUUUUGCGAACCUUUAUAACACCGAAGAAGCCAAAUUACGGUUCAUGGGUGCCAUGCAUUGUAAUUACCUCUAUGGAAGUUAUGCUGCUGCUAAAGCCAUUGAUCUAAGCGCGUACAGAAGCUGCUGUGAUCUAGGAGGUAAGUCAAAAAACGGAACGUUCGUAUACAUCACACGCCAUUUUUAUAAGAAAUGUAAGACUGAAAUGGAAAAACCUUUGCCUGUCAGCACUGUGAAAACAAUACUGGCUGAAGUUUAUUCCACCUCUUCUGAACGAGCAAUAUAAAGAAACCGCGAUCAAAAAGAACGAAACCGCGUUUGGUCUCACAGCGGCUAAACUAAAUUAAUAGUCGACUGAAUGCAAUAACAUAGAGAAAUUUUGAGCCAAGAAAAAUGUCUUAAGGAAUUUGCAUAAUAUAGUCAGAUUUUCAUUUCAAAUGUAUCUUAUUCUUCUUUUCUUAAACUGCUGUCCCAUUUUAAUUACGCUCGCAGCCCUAGCGGGGGAUACUUAGGCCAAUUUAGUAGAGAUAAUUUAUAACACGAAACUCUAUAGUAAAAAACAUUGUUAUAAUCUCCGUUUAUUCAUUUAUUUAUUUAUCUCUUCAAAUUAGAGGACAAGCUUGCGCUCUAUGGAACUGUCCACAUGCCCAUUUACGUAGAAAAACCAGUCGUAAGGGUUCGCAUUAAAUAAAAUUCAAGACUUCUGUUCAAAUUCCGUUAAGAAAUUGGGAAAAUCGCUCCUAUUUACCAGAAAAAUGGCCACAACAGCCUUAAAUUAGAAAUAAGAUAGAGAUGGAGAAACGCGUUAACUUCCGUUUUUAACAUCCCGGAUGGGGAAAACACGGCUACCUUUUUGGAGGUCACGUGUCUGCCAAGAAUUUUUCGCUGGGUUUACACAAAAAUUCUAUCCAAGCAAGAUUUUCGGAAAAUUAGUUGUAAAUGUGGUAAACUGCAAACGAUCUAUGACUCUGUUUGCUGAAAUGGACUUUUAAAAUUCCCUAUUUCUCCCUGCUCUAGGGGCUGUGGGCACUCUAGCCUAUGCUCUCUGUCAGUUCUACCCUGAAAUGAAGAUAACAGUUUGUGACUUGGAGCCAGCCGUGAGUUUAGCCCAUCACUUCCAACCAUCAGUGGAAGCUUGCCCAAAUCAAGCCAAUGUUUCUUUUGCGGUCGGCGAUUUCUUCAAACCUGAAACCAUACCAAAGGCUGAACUGUAUGUGUUGUCUCACGUUCUCCAAGACUGGUCAGAGGAUAAAGUUGACUUGAUUCUUUCAAAUGUCUACAAGUGCUUACCCUCAGGUAAUUUUAAUAGAAAGAAGGUUUUACCGUUCUUUAAGGGAUCCAGCACGCACGUACGGAAGUACGUGCGUACGGCGUCAAGGGCCAUAAUUAAAUCCAAGCAGAAAAUACUAGGUUCCGCAUGUAACUUACAGUUACGUGAGGAUCAAGAAAACGGAGUUUAUUAUGUCUCUGGUUAAAUUACAGACUGAGAGGGCAUCGAGGAUUACAGUUCAAGCAGGAAAGCUGUAAAUGAUCGAUGUGAGUGAAAUCCUACACACGAGCGUCAAAAAUCGUGGCUUUGUGACGGCAAAACACUUAACACACCCAUAUUAAAGUCCAAUCUUACAAGAAACGCCGUAACAGCUUUAAAAUGUUCUUCGCUCAUGAAUUGUAAGCAAAACGAACUUUCAUUCUGAAUUCACGGUCUUUAGUCUUCAAGUGAAACGAGCCCUCGAACUGACUGAUGAAGAAGUGCUUUGGUAACAAAGGGCGUUUUAAUCUAGUAUGUAGCCUACACAGUGACGGUUGACAGUGCAUAUAGAAAUGGCAUAUAAGGUUUAGACUUUUUAACUCCCUCAGUAACUGAGGGAUUAAAAAGGACUCAAUGUAAUCGUCUGAAAUUCAGGUUACUCUUUUGCCAUAAAAAGGCAAACAACGCACCAUUUUUCAUAGCUCUUUUAUUUUUGUAGGUGGUGGACUCCUCAUUUGCGAACGGAUUUUAAACGAAGACAAACGUGGCCCAUUGCCUUCUCUCAUUUACAGCCUUCUAAUGUUGGUGUGCACAGGUGGAAAAGAGAGAUCAGCUUCAGAGUACAAGCAUCUCCUAGAAAAGCAUGGGUUUAUAGAUGUUCAAGCGAAACAUGUUUAUUUUACUCAAGAUGCCAUUUUCUGCAGAAAGAUGUAACCUGCAGCAACCACUGCAUAAAAUUAAGUUGAACACUGCCUUACGAUUGACUUAUGGUCAUUGAAUGCCAGUGAAACGAUUUACAUUACAUUAGAAUUGGGUAUCCUUUCCUAGUAGGAUAGCCAUGGUAGCAGUGGCUAUGGUUGCUAUGGCACCGAGCGCAAAUUAACCAUAAUAAAACUGCCCCUCAGGGAGCUUUUCUGGCAGUGUUGCGGACUUGUAUGGCGUUACAGCGUGACAUCAGUCACGUGAAACUUGAUGUUUGCAAUCAUGUGACUUAAGCGUUUUUCGCUUUUUCCUGUUCUGAAAUAAAUUUCUCUCUGUG